CAGAAGGAAAAGUCAUUGCAGGACUUGUGAGAAGCCACUAUGAGCAAUGCUGGAAAGCCAGUGGGACCAGAACCAGCUCUUAUGACUGCGGUACCAAAAAGAAAGAGGGGGCGACCAAGGAAACAGCCACAGGAGAUUGUUGACCCAUUGCCACCAAAGAAACCACGUGGAAGACCAAAAGGAAGCAAAAAGCUGAGUGCUGGUAGUGGGCAGAUGGUGCAUGCUUCAGUUGAAAAAAGGCCCAGGGGAAGACCACGAAAAUGGCUUGUCCAGGAAGAAGAACAUCAGGAAGGGGGAGACGACCCAAGUUGCAAUGUAUGCCCUGCCACUGAAGGUACAUCUGGGAAAGGAUGCCACCGGACCAAGACAAACGACUGAAUUCAGGAGGUCAUUGAGCACCUCCUUGGCUGUGGCUCAGCAGCAGCAUUCUGCUUGCUGAUUUGUCACUGAAGUAAAAGGAGUGGAAUUGUCAUUUUGCCCAUGUAACCCAUGCAAAAUGAAGCCUGCACCUGAUUGCCCCCGCCUCCAUUACUGAUGCCACUUAGUGUAUUUGUCCCCCACCAAAGUUCUCUAACUUUCUCAAAAGGUUCACUUUUUGAAUAGUAGGCUUUGACUGAAAAGGGAUUCUGAGAUCUCACAUGCAUUUGUGUAAAAUGUAGCCCACAAGCUGUUCUUUUCAAACCUUUAUCCUCACUUUGUACCUUGUGUUGUGUGGGGAAUGAUCAUGUUCCCAGAAAGCAAGGACACAUGAUCUUAAAUAUGUUUGCUGGAAAGCCUUACUUAGGUUCCUUCCUUGAAAGUCUUCUUAGAUAAUUUUCUGCUCUGAUUUGAACCACAUAGAAAACAACCUCUCUAGGCUUUAUUUAUGUGAGUGUAAAAUAAGGACUCAGAGAGAAGGCUUUGACUACCGUUCAGCCAAGGGAACUCUCUGGAUUAUUUUUGGCAGUCACUUUCUUACAUCCUCAGAGAAAGGCUAUGACAAAUCUCAGGGCAAAUCUUGCCAAGGAAACUCCAUUAUAGGUUCUCAUUUGGGUUGUUAUAAGUUGGAAAUGACUUGAAGUUGUACCGCAACCAGAAUUACUUAGAAUUAUGCAUUUAACUGUUCUUUCCCAGAUGAGCACCUGAAACCUAUCUAGGUUAGAUCUUCAAGGGAAUUUAAAUCAAUUCUGUGCCUGGAAUUUCUUGAGUUCCUCCUCUGACCCCGCCCCCUAUGCGUAACUGACUUAAACAACUUUCUCUACUGGGAGAACCAUCGGGUGAUUGGUUUCAACCAGCCUCAAAGUGUGAGCAAAGAACAAAUGGAGAAUUUCUUGGCUUGGUUUGAGAGCAAAUGUGAUGAAAAUGUGAUGCCUAUUACACCACACCCCACUGAGAAACUAUAGAAAUGUGAUAUAAUGCUACUUCAAGUGUUCUCAGUUUAUGUCAACACAGAAAGAGCCUUGCAGAAUUGAACCAAAGGCCUUUUGGGAUAGCCUCUUUGCUUCCACAAUAGAUGCUUAAAUACCUCUACAGAAGUCUGUAAACAGGGCUUGAAGGUACAGUUGGUUUUACUUAUUCACAGAUGCAACCAUUCAGGCCUUGAAAAUAUUUUUAAAAAAGAAGG